AUGAACUUGAGAGAAUAACAACAUGAUUGCAAGAAAAUAUGAAGUCCUAAAUUAAUUGUAGUUUUGUCGCCGUUCGCCGGUUACGAAAGUCACGAUCAAGUUUGCAUUCUAAGAGCCAAAAUUGAUGUUUCACUCGGCUUCAAUUUCAUUUAACAUGACACUAAUUUUUGAAGUGCAUGACAUGAUUUAACGUUAGAUAAAUCAGGGUUUCUGGAAGAACCAAUUGGGUGAAGAAUCAAGGAAUAGGAAUUGGUAGAGAAAUUGGAUCGAUCGUUGUAGAAUGUAUCAGUGGAGGAAGUUCGAGUUCUUCGAGGAGAAGUACGCUGCGAAAUGCGCGAUUCCCGAUGAUGAUGGAGACUUUGCUAGCAAGAAGAUCGAGUGUUGUUCGAGUGGGAGGGGCAAGUUGGUCACUGGUUUCGAAAACGGCACCGUUUGCUUCUUCGAUCGAGGCCUUAAGUUCAAUUACGCUUUUCAACCUCACUCCUCUUCUGUUCGAUUUCUUCAGCACCUCAAGCAACGCAACUUCCUGGUAACUAUUGGGGAAGAUGAGCAGCUUACUCCCCAGCAAUCAGCUUUGUGCCUCAAGGUUUUUGACCUUGAUAAGAUGCAGCCUGAGAGUUCUAGCACGACGAGUCCUGAUUGUGUUGGGAUAUUGCGUAUAUUCACAAAUCAGUUUCCUGAGGCAAAGAUUACAUCUUUUUUAGUCUUAGAAGAAGUACCGCCUAUACUACUCAUAGCUAUUGGCCUAGACAAUGGUUCUAUUUACUGCAUUAAAGGAGACAUUGCACGGGAGCGUAUCACUCGGUUCAAGCUUCAAGUGGAAAACCAUUCGGACAAAACUCUUUCCCCCAUAACCGGUCUUGGGUUUAGGGUGGAUGGUCAAUCUCUACAGUUAUUUGCUGCAACUCCAAGUUCAGUGAGCUUGUUCUCAUUGCAUGAUCAACCACCAAGAAGGCAAACCCUUGAUCAGAUUGGAUGUGGUGUAAACAGCGUUGCAAUGAGUGACCGCUCUGAGUUGAUAAUUGGUCGAUCAGAGGCAGUAUAUUUUUAUGAAGUUGAUGGACGUGGUCCUUGUUGGGCUUUUGAGGGAGAGAAGAAAUUGCUAGGAUGGUUCCGUGGAUACCUUUUGUGUGUCAUUGCAGAUCAAAGAACAGGAAAGCAUACUUUUAACAUCUAUGAUCUGAAGAAUCGAUUAAUAGCCCACAGUGCAUUGGUUAAAGAAGUUUCUCAUAUGCUUUAUGAAUGGGGUAACAUCAUUCUCAUAAUGACUGAUAAAUCAGCUUUAUGCAUUGGAGAAAAAGAUAUGGAAAGCAAGUUAGACAUGUUAUUCAAGAAAAACCUAUAUACUGUAGCAAUUAAUCUCGUACAGACUCAGCAAGCAGAUGCUGCAGCUACUGCUGAAGUGCUAAGAAAAUACGGGGAUCAUUUGUAUAGCAAGCAAGACUAUGAUGAGGCAAUGGCCCAGUACAUACAUACUAUAGGUCAUCUUGAACCUUCUUAUGUUAUACAGAAGUUUUUGGAUGCUCAGAGGAUCUACAACCUCACAAAUUAUUUGGAAAAGUUGCAUGAGAAGGGUCUUGCUUCUAAAGAUCACACAACACUUUUAUUAAACUGUUAUACCAAAUUGAAAGAUGUUGAAAAGUUAAAUCUAUUUAUUAAAAGCGAUGACAGCAUUGGGGAACUUAAGUUUGAUGUGGAAACAGCAAUCAGGGUUUGCCGUGCUGCCAAUUACCAUGAGCAUGCAAUGUAUGUUGCAAAGAAGGCAGGAAGGCAUGAAUGGUACUUGAAGAUCUUGCUUGAAGAUCUUGGUAGGUAUGAAGAGGCCUUGGAAUAUAUUUCAAGUCUUGAACCAAGUCAGGCAGGGAUGACAAUAAAGGAGUAUGGUAAAAUUCUGAUAGAGCACAAGCCAGUGGAGACAAUUGAUAUUCUCAUUAGGCUUUGCACAGAGGAUGGUGACAAAAGUCGACGCUCAAAUGGAGUUUAUAUGUCUAUGUUGCCAUCUCCUGUUGAUUUUCUUAGCAUUUUCAUUCAUCAUCCUAAGUCCCUUAUGGAUUUUCUAGAAAAGUAUACCAAUAAGGUCAAGGAUUCACCUGCUCAAGUUGAGAUUCACAAUACCCUCUUGGAGUUGUAUAUAUCCAAUGAAUUGAACUUUCCUUCAAUGUCGCAAGUUAACGAGGGUGGAGAUUACCUUAAUGUAGCAUCAGCAAAAACUGUGAAUGUAAGUGCUCAGUCCAAUGGAAGGAUUGCUAAUCACAAAAGUUCAGAAGAGGAAAAGGACCGUCAUGGAAGGCGUGAAAAGGGUCUACACUUGCUUAGGAGUGCAUGGCCUCCAGAGACAGAACAUCCACUUUAUGAUGUUGAUUUGGCCAUUAUACUUUGUGAAAUGAAUGCAUUCAAAGAUGGGCUUUUGUAUUUGUAUGAAAAGAUGAAACUCUAUAAAGAAGUGAUUGCUUGCUAUAUGCAAGCACAUGAUCAUGAGGGGUUGAUUGCAUGCUGCAAAAGACUGGGGGAUUCAGUUAAAGGAGGGGAUCCAUCUCUUUGGGCAGAUCUACUUAAAUAUUUUGGUGAGCUGGGCGAAGAUUGCUCUAAAGAAGUAAAGGAAGUUUUGACUUAUAUUGAGAGGGAUGAUAUUUUGCCCCCUAUAAUUGUCCUUCAAACACUUUCCAGGAAUCCAUGCCUCACACUUUCUGUGAUCAAGGAAUACAUUGCUCGAAAGCUUGAGCAGGAGUCAAAGAUGAUCGAGGAGGACCGACAAGCCAUUGAGAAAUAUCAGGAAGAUACAUUGACAAUGAGAAAAGAGAUUCAAGAUCUUAGAACAAAUGCUAGAAUAUUUCAGCUUAGCAAGUGCACUGCAUGCACCUUCACCCUUGAUCUGCCUGCUGUGCACUUUAUGUGCAUGCAUUCAUUCCACUUGCGCUGCCUUGGCGACAAUGAAAAAGAAUGCCCCGAGUGUGCUCCUGAAUAUAGGUCUGUGGUAGAAAUGAGAAGAAAUUUAGAACAAAAUUCUAAGGAUCAGGACAGGUUUUUUCAGCAGGUGAAGAGCUCUAAAGAUGGGUUUUCUGUCAUUGCUGAAUAUUUUGGAAAAGGGAUCAUCAGCAAAACGACCAAUGGAUCCACGUCUGGUCUCAGAUCUGGAUCUGCAUCAUCCACUAGUGGCUUCUAAGGUUCAUGAUUUAUGCCACUUACUUUCAGCACUAAUGUUGGGCUCUGGAUAUUGGAUAAAAUUUGAUUACUUUUGGGGUUUCAAUUUUUUCAUUAUUGCCUGUUGUCCAAGCUCCAUAUUCUGAAGCCCAAGGUUCAUAUUUUCCAUGUGUUGGCUGUUAUAUAUUAACCAGGCUUGGUUUGUUCAUCGAAAGAAAGUCCCCUGAAUGGUCUUGUUAUUUAGCCAGGGUAUUGAAAUUUUGGGAGGAUUUGAAGUUGCGGGUUUUGAACAGAACAAUUUCAUGAUAGCCUCUCCUUGAUGGAAACACUGCUCAAAUAUUUAGGGGAAUGUGAUAUUUAUUAGGUAUGAAUUCAAGUGAUACUUUUCUGUUCUGGAUUUUCAGUGUGUAAAAUUAUGACGGAAUAGAAUCACGGAAAUGGGAUUUUUAAUUUGAUGGUUUUAAUUUUUUCGAAGGCCAUGAGCUAGAAUCACAACGAAUUCUGUCUGUUUUAACCAACGGAGAAUGACUUUUCUGAACUGGUGUCCAAUUUGUUAUUUUUCUUUUGUCUUAAAAAUUCCAUUUACUUCUCAUUUUUUUGAAGAUAAAUUGGUCUGUAUUCUAUCUACUACAUAACACAUUGCUUGUGACUGCUGAAUUCUGAUUUGGUUCAUGCCAGAAUAUUUAGUUGGACUUAAU